GGAGGGGUGAAUACAAAAGGAGGGAGAGGCUGAGGACGCCCGGGUCGACCGGCAAGUUCAGACUCGGCCAGAGAGAGAGAAGGAGGAGAAUCAUGACCAUUUUAUGUGAAAACUGCAGCAAGCCAGUCAGGAGGACAGAGAGCUGCAGCUCUAAAUGUCCUGCUGCCACAUCUCUCUCCAGGCAUGAACUCAGGACCACAAAACCUUUCAGAUCAACUAAAGGUGCUUCAAAGGCUAGACGGGAUCAGAUCAAUGCUGAGCUUCAGACUCUACGCUGUCUCCUACCUGUCUCAGAAGAAGAGAAAGAACGCCUCUCAUACCUUCACACCAUGGCUCUAGUUUGCUUCCACAUUCGAAAGGCGCAACUUUUUCCUCCAGGCUCACACGGCCUCAUGCAACCACCGCCUCCUCUGGCUGCUACUCUUGCAUGGAGAGAUCAAGAACUGCUGUUUUCCCUACCAGGGUUCAUCUUGGCUUUCACCGCUCAUGGCAAACUAGCCUACAUCUCUGAGAACGUGUCCCACUUCCUCGGUUAUUCUGUGGUAGAACUCCUAGCUCAUGGGGACUCCAUCUUUGACCUCUUGAAUAGCUCAGCAUGCAAAGUAAUGGAGGAGAAGCUUCACUUUGCCAAGAAGCACGUGGGAACAGAAAUAGAAUUUGCUGCUGAAAUGCGCACCUCAAGAGUCUUUCGGACAAGAUUAGGGAAGAACCGUGCUAUGGCCAUGCGAGGCAGAUUUGUCACAUGUGACACACAGUUGACUCCUUCCUCUCCGGCUUUGACAUUCGUUGCCUUCUGCACUCCUGUCGCAUCUGUGCUGGAAGACAUGGAUAGUACUUCCCAGAACCCCAUCUUCCAGAGCAAACACACACUGGAUAUGAAGAUUGCAGAGAUAACCGAAAAUGUUAUUUACCAUCUUGGGUACCAGAGAGAAGAACUAAUUGGCCAAUCUUGGUACAGUCUUCUCCAUCCUGAAGAUACUGGAAUAGCUGCAGAGAUGCACAAGGCCCUGACCUAUAGUACUGGGAGACAUAAUGGGCAUAUAGUAGUCCGUCUUCUCUGCAAAGACCUGACCUGGGCUUGGGUGCAAGUCAAUGCACUGAAAGAAAGUGGAAAUGGACAAGAGUUCAUCGUUUCCACCAACCACCUCCUCAGGGAAGAAGAAGCCAUCUAUAUCCAAAGCCAACGCUCCCAGAAUGAAGCUGUUUCUCCAGCUACUUCCAGACAAAGAUACUGUUACAGAGAUCCAAAUCAGCAGACAAAGCUGGAUGAAGUCAGCCUUUCCCCUCAAGAACCAGUGACAAAUAGCAAUGGACGAGUCAAGUACUACCCCUCCCAGCUGCCUGAUGCUGUGGAAGAAAAUAUAUUUCCUGAUUCUCUGCACCCUCCCUUUCCAAUCAACUUGCCUGUCUCUCCUAGCACGAGGGGUGAUACAGCCACCCUGCCAUCUUCUCAAGAAGCUAGAUUUCCUUUCUUUAGUGCUGGUCUCCCUCAUGCCGACAGAGGAGACAGGCCAGUCCCCAUGAGCCCGUGUGUGCUCUGUUCCACAGAAACUCUGUUUUCCCCGCACAGCACCCCUCCUGUAGAUGUUUCUUCAUUAUUUGAAGAAGAAUCUUCUAUAGGAACAGUCCCAGAAGUGGGAACAAGACUUGACUUUGACAAGUGGGCCAUCAAUGUGCUGGCUGAACAAAUCCUUUCCUUGGCUGAAGUUUUCUCUCAGUAUACAAAGCAAGCACCCCAGGCGUCAUCCACCAUCCUUAUGUCCACUGCCCAAGGACAACCUGCUGAGGUCCCCCACGCAGUACCUAAACAAGUCUGGGAAACAGAUGGUGCUCUAGAUUUCCUUGAGGAGAUCUCUGUGGAUGAAGAAAUCAUCACCAAUAUCUUGAACAACCUCCUACACAAUGAGAGUGUGAAUCAACCCAGUUCUGAGCUGGGAUCAGCAAGCAAUUUCCCCUCAUCAAACACCGAGCAGCAGCUUUCUCUUCUCCAAGCACCCUUAGCAGAAGCAACCUCUUGCCUUGACCAGAAUUUCUCCCUGCAACCUUUAUUUUCCUCACCUAAUUCUCAUCAUGUGUCUGAUUAUCAGUGGGAUCAAAGAUUUCACACCACAUUGGAGCAAGGUCUCCUUCCAGAGGAAGGCAUGCUCUGCUGACCCUCCCCUUGUCUAGAGACUCCAGAGCCCAGUGGGGACUAUGGGUGCAUCUCCAUGCACAAUUUCCAUCAAGCCACCUUCUAUGUUAUUAGCGAAAUUACAUGCGUUGAAAAAUAAUUGGAGAGAAGUGUUGUGUCCUCUCCCAAGAGUAGGAAAUGGAGGGCCAUUGACAUUAGACUGGUCUUGCAUAAGCUGUUGCUUGAGGCAAAGGACAAGAUGGCAUCUGUUUCCUCUCCCAUGUAUUCCAGCUGGUGAGCUUGUCAAUUAAAUCUUCAGCCCUGAUUAUGGGACAAUUUAUUUGCACAGCAGGCUAACUUAUGGGGCAUAAGACAGGGCCAGUGAUGUACAGCUCUUUUUUAUGACAUCCUCCUCCUGCCGCUUCCCUAGUCCCGGAAAAUGAGUAGCUAACUUCCUCAUGCUACCUAACAGUAGGGCUGGCCUUGAUUAGAGCACAACACCUCGGAGCCAUUGCUAGCCGAGAAAACCUAUUCCUAAUAUUGACGUUGGCGGAGGCAAGUGCUGUUCACUGCGGGGUCAGCGGCUUGGAGAGGAGCUUCCUUCAGGGGGCGCUGUAGCGGCGUUCCAGCUGGGAGAGCGGGCUCACCCGGACAUUUGUAAAUAAAGGGCUUUG